GGGUCUCCAACUGGUUCUUGGCAUCUCAUGGAUGCGAAAUCCAAGUGGGGCAAGGAAUGGAAAUCGGCAGGUCCAUCCACCACCUGAACAUCCAUCCACCCAAGGUACUCCGUACCCAGGUUCUGGUCGUGAGCCAGACACGAGAGAGAUUCCCGUCCCGUCGUGCCCUGAAAUCUCGACCUGUUGUUACAUUCACUAGAGCAGGUGGACUUACUACCUCAGCGGCAGCCUCAAAUUGCAAACGGCAAAUCUCCGUUCUCUCAAGCCAUUGGUUAGGCCACUUAGGUGCUAUCAGUCGGCAUAUGCCGUAGGGUACCUAACCUAAUUCGAUUUGCUCGGCUUCCGAUAUUGUUCCCUGCAGCAAGAAUGCCAACCUCAUUUGAGCAGUUUGACGACGCCGCAUGGGACUAUGGUGAGGAGCUGCUUAGAAAAUGGGUGACAGGGUUCUGCAACAGGGACCUUUAUCUCAAGAUCAGUAAGGUCAUGAAGCACUACAUGGGUGGAGAUGCAGUGGAGUUAGUUCGCCGCAAAGAAGCGUUUUCAAUGUCUCCUUUCGGGUAUGAGUUGUUGAUGGUCUCGGGGCCAUGAUCCGGUUUCCCAUGCCGGCCUACUUCCAGUACGCUGAAGAGAAGCUUCGAGCCGAGGUGGCUACGAUGCGCUACAUCAACGACACACCACUAUCCCUAUACCUUUUGUGCUGCACUAUGGCAUGAGAGAGGAGAGUCCCUGUGAAGUAGGGCCGUUCAUCAUCAUGGAAUGGAUUGAGAAUUCAGGUGAUGUCAAUGACGCAGCCAACACACCUGGCCUGACCCUCGAGGAUCCUCCGAUACUCGAUGCCAAUAUAGACUAGGGAAAGCUCGAGCGUGUAUACUUGC